AUGCUUAGGAGGUUACUGCAGAGUAGACUUUUUUCAUAUCCUACUAAAUACUACUUCUCAGUUCUCAUUUUUUCCUUGGUCAUCUUCUGUGUUUUAAGAAUUCAUCAGAAGACUGAGUUUGUAAACAUCGGUCAUUUGCAACUGAUUGACGAAAAUCCUAGUAGUAAUGUUAACUGUACCAAAGUGUUACAGGGUGAUACAGAUGAAAUCCAAAAGGCAAAACUCGAAAUGCUAACCAUGAAAUUGAAAAAGCGCCCUCGAUGGACAACCCACGACUAUAUCAACAUGACGAACGAUUGUACAUCUUUCAUCAAGAGGCGCAAAUAUAUCGUAGAACCCCUUAGCCAAGAAGAGGCGGAGUUUCCAAUUGCAUAUUCUGUAGUAGUUCACCACAAGAUUGAACUACUUGACAGGCUUCUGAGGGCCAUCUACAUGCCUCAGAAUUUCUAUUGCAUUCAUGUGGACAAAAAGUCAGAUGAUUCCUUUUUACGUGCAGUGAUGGGUAUUGCAUCCUGCUUCAGUAAUGUCUUUGUGGCCAGCCAGCUGGAGACUGUGGUCUAUGCUUCCUGGAGCCGAGUCCAGGCCGACCUUAACUGCAUGAAGGAUCUCUACAAAAUGAGUACAGACUGGAAGUACUUGAUAAAUCUUUGUGGUAUGGAUUUCCCUAUUAAAACCAACCUGGAGAUUGUCAGGAAGCUCAAAUCAGUAAUGGGUGAAAAUAGCCUAGAAACUGAAAAAAUGCCAGCCUAUAAAGAGGAAAGGUGGAAAAGGCGCUUUGAAGUUAUUAAUGGGAAGAUUACAAACACCGGUGCAAACAAAGUACGUCCUCCUCUCGAAACACCCAUUUUUUCUGGCAGUGCCUAUUUUGUGGUCAAUAGGAACUACGUGGGUUAUGUACUAGAAAAUGAAAAAAUUCAGAAGUUUAUGGAGUGGGCAAAAGACACCUAUAGCCCCGAUGAAUAUCUGUGGGCCACUAUUCAAAGGAUUCCAGACGUCCCUGGCGCACUCCCUUCAAACGAUAAAUACGACACAUCUGACAUGCACGCGUUUGCAAGGUUUGUCAAAUGGCACUACUUUGAAGGCGAUGUUUCCAAGGGCGCCCCCUACCCACCCUGCAGUGGCAUCCAUGUGCGCUCCGUGUGCGUUUUUGGGGCAGGGGAUUUGAACUGGAUGUUACGCAAACACCACUUGUUUGCCAACAAGUUUGACACAGACGUUGAUUUCUUUGCCAUUCAAUGUUUGGAUGAACAUCUGAGGCGUAAAGCUCUGGAGCCUUUAAAACACUCACUGUGA